AUGACACUACAACUCAUUCUGGGCUCUCUGCUUCAAAGCAUCAAGUACAGUUCUUCCCAGAAAUUGCAACGAUUCAUCGACGUAAUCCGGAACGACCGUCCAGCCAUAGAAGUGGCCAGGGCAUUUCAGGACAAUAUCGAAGCAUUAUCUUAUGGUGGAUAUCUAGAAAGGGCAGAAAUCUUCAGUGACACCGAGUUCAUCUCUGGGGCUCUUGACAUUCCUACCCACGGAUCGUAUACGAGAUAUACGUUGUCAGCUACCCCGAGCUCGCCAGCAUUCGAGCUUCGCGGCGCAAACUCUUCUUGCGACGCCGCCGAUCCUUCUUACGGCGAAAACACCACUGGAGGUACCGACAUUGCCAUAGACGGAAACCCAUUCACGCUAGCACUGGAUGCUGUCAGUUACCCAUCGUUUCCACAAUCCGUUCCUGGUCCACACCCCGUUGAUACUAGUAUCGGCUCCCUUUCUAGGUUCGAGCCUGGGCCUGGGUUACCUUGGGAUUGGGUUGGCUGCACCGACAACGAUACAAUGUUUUCGUUCCCAGUCAAUGCAGCAUUAAGUUCGGAUACCUUGCAGAACUGUCCUUCGAGUCAAUAUAUGCAGCCAAUGAGCUUCGACUAUCAAACUUAA